AUGGAUGCGGCCAUGGUGUAUCAGCCAAUUAAGGAACAACGUCAAUGGGGUGGCUCUAUUGUUGGUCGUUUUUACAAACCACGAAACAGAGCGAUGACGCAUGCCAAUAUGAUGAACAACUACUUCAACUCCAAUUUCGUGUACACAGAAGAUGAUUUCAGACGUCGCUUCCGGAUGAGGCUUCAUGUGUUCAAACGUUUACUUCAUGAUGUCCAUCAAGUAAAUCCAUACUUUCAACAAAAGCUGGACAGAGCAGGUCGCCCUGGUUUCUCACCUUAUCAGAAGGUUACUGUUGCACUACGAAUGAUGGCCUAUGCCUCCCUAACUGAUUCGAUGGAUGAAACCUAUGGUAUAUCUGAGUCUACAUGCCCUGAUACUCUUACUGAAUUAUGUAACACAAUUGUUCACCUUUACAAAGAGGAGUACCUCCGCGAGCCAAAUCAAGAAGAUCUGGAUCGGCUCAUUCGCAAAGCUUAA